ACUGCCCAGGCCUUUGGGCCUCCUGUGCCACCAGCUUCACCCCACUUCUGCCCCUUGUGAGGGGCCAGCGGGACCGGCCCUGCCUCGGCUUCCUGGGUCGGAAGCACUGGGCCCUCCCCCACCCCCUGCUGAACCUGGUGUCUCUGGGUACUGACAUUUCUCUCCUAAUCCCUCGUGGACCUCGUGUGGCCACAAGGAGCAGCUGUGGGGCCAUCCGGGGCCGGUUGCCGGGCCUGACCACAGAGCCACAGGGACGGGGCAGGACCCGCAUUUGGGCCCGGCCUCCCUUGCACAGCCCCCAGCCCUCCAAGGGCACAGAACUCGCCUUUCCUCCCUUCAGGAUGGCAGACGGGUGUACUCUAUGUGUGCGCCUGGCCCUGAGCCUUGCGUUCUCACCUGUGAAGUGGCUGCCGUAGCCGUGCCUGCCCUGGGCACCGGAGCUGCUGGGCCCCCACCCCGCCAUGGAGCGCCUCAAGGGUGCCCUUUGGGGUCUGGGUUCCAGAGGUCUCCGGGCUCGAGGGGCCACAGGAGGCACAGAGGCUGAUCUUACCCAACGCCUCUGCUCACAUACCUCCAGGGACAGGAAGCUCACCCCUCCACGGGCACCGCUGCACACACAUCCUCCCUAGCCUUCAAGGACGUGCUGGCCCCCAUGGCCUAAGCCCUCCCUCUGUCAGGGCAAGACCAAGCACCUCCGGGCCUCUGACCCGCGGGUCACGCCGCCGUGAGGGGUGGGCCCGGAGUGGGGAGGGUCAGCUGUGAUGGGAGCACCCCGCAGCUGAGGAGGGAACUGCCGAGGAAGCGAGGUCAGAGGGGAAACCCAGCUCCGUUCAGCCCUGUCCUCUUCGUCAGGUGUGGCUGUGGGCCGGGGUGACACAGGACCCUCUGGGCGAGGAGCUGCUGGGGGUGGGCUCGGGCGGCAGGCUGGCGCUCAGCACAAGCAUCCAUCCACACGCCCCCUGACGGGGCCCGCCCGGCACUCCUCAAACACGGCUUUCAAGAACCUUCUAAGCCACUCUGUGCCAGCAGACCAGGCUGUGGUGGACACUUCCUGCCUUGGGGUCCAGCUGUCCGACCCCAGCCCACCCCCAACGUUUGGGUUCCCCAUUCCACUCGGAGCUGGAAAAUUGCUUCAUUGCAAGGAAAUGAUACAGGCAGGCGCUCAAGCAUAGGAAGAGAGAUCACUGGUAAAAACCUGGACAACCUAGAACUAAUGCAAAGGUGGGGGGGGAGGGGGCACACUUCGGGGAAAGAACGACAGGUGUGCUCAGGGCCUAAUGAACUUGGCUGACCUGGGAGAACAAGUCUUAGAACCCGGCAUCUGUGGGUGGGGAUGGGCCCAGGUGCCAGGAAUCGAAGGUUGAGAACCCAGGCUGGGCUCAGUACCCACCACUGUCACCAGCUGGAAGGGGCCGGACCUGCGGUGGGGGGAGGGAGGCUCUGACUCUAGGCUGGGUCCUGGCCCACUGACCACCCCAGGGAGAGCUGUGUUCAAACCCUGGACCCUGCAGUUACUAGCUGUGGGCCCUGGGCAAGUCACUUCCCUUGUCUCAGUUUCUCUACCUGUAAAAUGGAGAGAGUAAUAGUUCCCACCCCUCACGGGUGCCACGAGGAAGGACUUAAGAACAAUGCCUGGCAUGGAAUACGUGGAAUAAACACUCUCCUGGCCCCCCUGCAGAGGGUGUGAGAUUCUGCUGGAAUCCUCAUCAUAGAGGGCUGGCCGAGAAGCCCAUGAGAGUCCAGAGGCCCUGUGUAAACAGCUAGGGGUGCGGGCUGGCACCCCAGCAUUGCCCACAGCUCCGACCUGCGUGGAUGGGUGGGUGGCAACAGCUAACAGCCCUGGCUUUCUCCCAAAUCAGAGUGCCUCGCCUGUCACCACGGGGAGCGAUGGCUUUUCCAUGAGCUCCAGGCCAGAGCUGGCCAGCUCCGGCAGCCUCUUCCCCAGCCUUUCGGCAGCAGCCCACUCCUGGUUACUGAUUUACCUGCUGCCCCCGCCCCCCCGGUUUGUCCUGCAGCCUCGUGGGUCAUUUACUAUUGUUGUUAUUACUAGGUCCUGCCCCUACACUGUUCGCAAGUUCUCAGCCAGUCAGAGCCAGACCCUCAUCUUCCAGAAGAGGAACCCGAGGUCCAGAGAAGGCCGGAGACUGCUGUGAUGCCCACACAGCAUUCAGGCUCACUCUGGCUUCGAGACCAGCUCCCCCAACUAUAAAAAUGGGAAUGCUGGCCCACGGGACUCCAGAGGCACAAAAUGCUAUGGGGAAGGGAGGGGACAUUGGCCUCAGACUGACUAAGGGCAAACCUCUGGUCCUUCCAGUCUCCGACAGGAAGAUGACGGGACAGCCUCUGGCUGAAAACCCCUGUCAGGAUCCAGCGGAUCUUUGGUUGGGAGAAAGGAGCUGAGCCUGCAGUAGAACGCGGCGUCGGGACGCUCUGGCUGCGCUAUCUCCAGCCCUGAGCGUGGCGCUCACGGCUCCCCGUUCCUGGCGGCGGGGCCUCUGCUGCGCUCUGGCGGCCGGAGCGCGCGGCGCCCACCUCGCGCUGGCACGGCCGCCCGGGAGCAAAACCCGCCUGGGACGCGAAGGGGCCUACGCUGGGCCAGUUCGCAGAGCUGGUGAGAAGAUGGGCGGAGCCCGGACGCGGUGCCUAGCACCAGGCAAGCACAUGCCAUCACGCUGCCCAGUGUCGUUAUUCUCUGGGGAAACUGCGUCCCAAAGAGACCACAGUCGGCUCGUCUCGCGGCCCCGCGCCCGCCCCCGCGGUCCCUCUGCUCAAUGAAAUUGGCCGCGAUGAUCAAGAAGAUGUACCAGAGCGACUCGGAACUGAGUAUCCCGGCCAAGAACUGCUACCGCAUGGUGGUCCUUGGCUCGUCCAAGGUGGGCAAGACGGCCAUCGUGUCGCGCUUCCUCACUGGCCGCUUCGAGGACGCCUACACGCCCACCAUCGAGGACUUCCACCGCAAGUUUUACUGCAUCCGCGGCGAGAUCUACCAGCUCGACAUCCUCGACACGUCCGGCAACCACCCCUUCCCCGCCAUGCGGCGCCUCUCCAUCCUCACUGGUGAGCCGGGACGGCCGGGCAGCGGGCAGGGGAGGGAGCGCGCCGCCGCAGUGCCGGGGACCCCUCGUCCCCGGACGCCUGCCUGGGCUGGAGGCGCGGCCGCGGAGAGUUCGGCGCGACCCUCGCGGCGGCCGGAAGCCCGGCGUCGGGAGGCCCCGAAGUCAGCCCGCUUAAGUUGUCCCCUGGCGGCUGCCCUCACCCUCUCCUUUUCUGCUCCCCGUAGGAGACGUGUUCAUCCUGGUGUUCAGCCUGGACAACCGCGACUCCUUCGAGGAGGUGCAGAGGCUCAAGCGGCAGAUCCUCGACACCAAGUCUUGCCUCAAGAACAAAACCAAGGAGAACGUGGACGUGCCCCUGGUCAUCUGUGGCAACAAAGGGGACCGGGACUUCUACCGCGAGGUGGAGCAGCGCGAGAUCGAGCAGCUGGUGGGCGCCGACCCCCAGCGCUGCGCCUACUUCGAGAUCUCGGCCAAGAGGAACAGCCGCCUGGACCAGAUGUUCCACGCGCUCUUCGCCAUGGCCAACCUGCCGCGCGAGAUGAGCCCGGACCUGCACCGCCGGGUAUCGGCGCAGCACUGCGAGGCGCUGCACAAGAAGGCGCUGCGGGGCAAGAGGCUGCGGCGAGCGGGCGGCGACCAGGACGACGCCUUCGGCAUCUUGGCGCCUUGGGCGCGCAGGCCGAGCGUGCACAGCGAUCUCAUGUACAUCCGCGAGAAGGCCAGCGGCGGCGGCCAGACCAAGGACAAGGAACGCUGCGUUAUCAGCUAGGAACUCCCGCCCCGCGCGGACGCAGAGCCUCAGGAGACCCUCUUGUCCAAGAGUCAAGUGUCCGGGGCCGUGCGUCCCGAGCCGCGUGCGCGCGCGGACGGGCGUCUUCCUUCCCAGCACUCCAGCCUGUUCACUGGGGAGACUCAAAGAAACCGAGAAGGGACCAUUAUCUGCUCUGGAAGGAAAGAGAGCUAGCUGAGCCCGGGCUCCCGCCACGUCCGAUCCCCCGUAGGCGCCCGCUAGCCCCACCCGCCCAGCAGAGGUUGAAUUUGCCUUGUUUCUCACAAAGACCUAAGAAUGGGGGUGGGAAUGGGAGUUAAUCAGCCACCACUGGGCUUUCAGAAAUGGGUCCUGCCAGCUGGAGGGCCAGGACAAAACGGGGCAUUAUCUGUGAUUGGGGGUUGCCAUGACAGCUGGCCUGAAACUGAGGGCGGGUCCGACCUAGGGAGUGCCUUGUUUACAUGUGUGUGCAACUGCACAAAGCAAAACAGAGAACUUGCACUUUAUGGUAGUUCUGGUGUCACCACCUGACGUGAACAAAACCUUACCUUUGAAGUUAGUCUUGUUACUGGUUUUUUAAUAUAAAAUAAAAU